CUGUAACCUACAGCGUAUGGUCAGUUUACCCCCGAAAAUUGUUUUACGUCGUGGAAGAAUGAUAUUCUGAUUGACACAGGUUCGUGUAUUCACUAUUGAACACAGAUGUGAAGUCGUAUGUUAUAAUUGCUGCUUUGAUACGUUUACUUGACCUAUAACUCACAAGCAGUUUACAGCAGCAUUUGAACUAGCGUCUUAUUUAGCCACCUAGCUAAAUAAGUGACUUACGCUAAGUAGCCUACUCUGGCACGGUUGUUUAAAUGAAAGCGGUUAUUCUCGCUGCGGGAUAUGGAACAAGGUUGCAGAGAGAUGUUGAUAACGACACGAGCAGAAGAUUCAAACAUCUGGCUGGCAUUGCCAAGCCACUACUUCCUGUGGGGCACUGUGCCUUGAUAUCUCACUGGGUCCAAGCUUUGAAUACCACUGGAUGCGUGGACACCGUCUUUGUCAUUACCAAUGCCCUCCACCACAAAGCAUUUGAGGAGUGGGCCCUGGACUUCCCUAAUGUCAAAGUGCUAAGUGAUGGAACAAAGAGCAAUGAGGACCGUCUUGGUGCUGUCGCCUGUCUUCAGCUAACAGUCAAGCACUUCAAGAUCGAAGACCAUGUAAUAGUUAUCGGAGGAGACACUUUGUUCAAGGAAGAUUUCAGUCUCAUUAAAGUUAAAGAGAAGUUUUCUGACCUGCAAGCAAUGUGUGAAGACAGCAGUCUGGUUCUUUCCUACCAAUGUAAAGAUGAGGAGACACAGAAGUACGGUAUUUUGGAAGUCGAUGAAGACCUUCGGGUGCUCUGUAUGAAGGAGAAACCUCUUCCCUCUGAGACAAAAUCAAGGAGAGCAUGUCCAUGUUUCUACUUGUUUUCCAAGAAAAUCCUUCAUCUAUUGGAUGCCUUUCUUGAAGAAAAUAAGCUCUUUUUUCAAAGGAAGCACCAAUCGAAGAAAAGGACGCACCUGGAAACUUUUUGUCGUGGCUCAUUUCAAGAAAGCCUGUGUAUAUUCAUCAGAUUUCUGGCCGUUUUGAUGUGGGAAACCUGCCCUCCUAUGUUGAAUGUGACCGGUACUUCAGAGAAAAUCUUCAAGAUGUGAAGUCUUACAUGAUGUAGCGUGCACAGAGCCAUGUUUCAGAUUGGCAAUGUGAAGAAAAUGGUAACUUUAUUUGUGCCUUGAAUAUUACAGGAACAAAUUUGGAAAAUAUUCAAAUUAUAUUACAAUCAAAAUGUGUAUUUGUAUAUUUAUCGGAAAAUAAAACAUGUCUGUUCAUAUUGUGGCUCACUGUGACCCUAAUUAAGAGGAUGACUUAGUUGCUUUAUGUCAAUACAGUGUAAAAAAACAUUCCUGAUUAAAUGUUGUGCUGAUCUAA